UUAAUAAAAGACCUGAAUUGAUCUCUUCACUAGUUGCAGUACUUGAGGAAAAUGAGGCCUACAAAUCAAUAGCUAAGAGGAUAGGAAAAGAUAUGCUGCCUACAUUAAGAAUGUACUAUGGUCAAGUACUGUACGAAGUUAAAAGACCAGGACUGGAAUGGUUGAUGAGAAUAAUUUUUGAUAAAACUCUAAGCAGAGUUAAAUCGUACAUAAAUGAUAAAUUUAACAGUGCUGAACUUGGUGAUUCUUUUUCUUUUACAUUCAAUGAUGCUGAUGGAUACAUUGAGUUAUGUUUUAAUGAAACAGUACCUAAAGGUUGGUCAAUAAGACCUCAUAAAACUCCAGUAAUAGCCAGUAGGUAUGAUAUUGAGGAAUAUGGAAGCAUGUCUCCUCCUCAAUUUCCAGAGUGUCUAGUUACAAUCACAGCCACAACUGAUGAAGGCAUAGUUAAGGAAUUAAAUUAUCCUGUAACAAUGAGAGGAGUAAUGUCUAAUAUUGAGAAAAUAAACAUUGUAUUGACAAGAGAUUCAAGAGGCCCACAACCAACAUUAGAACCUUUGGAAGAUUCUGCAAUGUCACCAGAAUACAUUACAAUGAAAGAGAUGUUAACUGAUCUUGUUGAUCUUUUUGCAGGAAAUGCUCCAAUUAUUUUACAAUUAAAUAAUCAUCUCUUUUCAUCUGGUCUCAUUCCUAAAGAAGUAUAUGUCACUGUUGUAACCAUUGGACUCACUCCUUAUGAUAGAGCUAAUAAAAUAUUCUCUUCAGUACUAGCAACACUUGAGUGUCAUCCUAAUCCUAACAGUGCGUUCUCUUCUCUCAUUACAUCACUAAAGAAAGUAGGACUUAACAACAUGCCAUAUCAACUAUUGGAAAAAUUAAAAAUGAAAGGUGGUCAUGUUGAUCCUAAUCUAGAACAGCAACCAUCAGUCAGUAAGAACCACUUCAACCAGUGGAUGUCACUGCACAAUCUCACACACCACAACCAAUAAUCACUGGAUCACAAUCAUCUACUCCUACUACUGUCAUUGAGCUCAGUUCAAAGGGUGAAGUUGCUACCAAUAU